CUGGACUUCUCAGAGAUUAGUCACAUAUAAUCAACAAUUCUCUGGUGUCCUGGAUUGUUGAUCACCUGACAGGAAGACCACAAUAUGCGCGUCUUCCACAGUGUGUGUCUGACAAGGUCAUCAGCACCACAAGGGACUGUCCUCUCUGCCUUCCUCUUCACCCUCAACACCACAGACUUCAGCCACUGCACAGAGACCUGCCAUCUUCAGAAGUUUUCUGAAGACUCUGCGGUGGUUGGAUGCUUUGUGAUUAUUCAUAAAAUAUGAACAAAAAGACCUAAAAACUGUGAGAAUCUGAAUUUUAGCAAACAAUAGACAAUUAUUUAUACAUUUAUUUCAACUUUUCAGAGUCAGGAGUCACAAAGUGGCACACAAAGUUAACAAGUUCAUAACAUUUAAACUGUAUAUUUCUGUCAAUUCAGUCAAAAUUGAAGUCAUGCACGUGAUGUGUAGAAGGACUCCUCUCAAUAAUUCAAACUGCGUGGGCCCUCCUCAUUUUCUGACUCCUCCUUAGCCUUUAUCAUUUUCUACCAUUCUCUGGAAACGACCAGUAGAAAAGAUGAAGUCAGUCUGGCUCAUCUGCACAGUGGCUGUUGCCAUCUCUGUAUGUUUGGCUUUCAACAUUGAUACGACAGCCACCCGCAUCUUUACUACAGAACAAAAAGAUUUCUUCCAAAACAAGGUGCUUCAGUUACUGUCUGACAAGAACAAUGGGACACUUGUCACUGCACCAGAGCAGCUAGGACCUGAAGAGACAUGCACAUCUGAUCUGAACCUGACCCACCGCUGCAUCAUUGUUCCAGAAAUUUCUCCCGCAGACAGCCCGAUACCCAUCAGGCACUUUGGACUGUCGAUAUCUGAGGACGCCAUGCGCUCUCAAAUCACUGUCUGCAGUCCAAGUGCAGUGCAUCCACACAGUGGAAACUCGUCUCUGAACAAAGUGUGUUACAAGAUGAAACUCGACCGUGGACCGUCCACCCAAGAACAAACAAAUAAGUCUGUGGAAGUAGUUUUUUUAUUUGAUGGAUCAGCGAGUAUGACUGAAGCAGAAUUCAACAAAAAUAAAGACUUCAUUGUGGAGAUAAUGGAGAGCCAUAGGGACACGCCAGUAACGUUCGCAGCAGUUCAGUUCUCCUACACAGUCCACAAAGUGUUUGACUUCAACGACUAUGACGCUGGACGUGCUCUCGAUAAACUUAUGAAAGAAAAACAUUUAAAAACUCUCACCAUGACACACAAAGCCCUCGAAUUUGUGCUAGAUGAAAUCUUUGACAACAAUGCUACAGGCGCCUCUCCUGAUGUUACCAAAGUUCUGAUUCUAAUCACAGACGGAGAUCCCUCUGAUACAGACAGAAGAGGGAUCAUUAAAAGAUACGACGAUAAAAAUAUAACUCGUCUUGUCGUCGGGGUCAGAGCUGCCAGACUGGAUAAAUUCAGGGCCAUUGCUUCAGAACCAAAACAUAGAAAUGCCUUCAAAAUUGAGAACUUUGAUGGACUCACAGGAGUGCUGGAGAAUUUACAGGAAAAGAUAUUUACUGCGCAAGGUUGCACAGCUCCUCUGGCAGAAUUCAGUGGAUUCAGUGCUGUUUUCAAAAAGGUUUGCAGCACGACUGCAGUCAGCAACUGUUCCGACAACUCGUACCUGAAUAUUGUCUGUCACCAGAUCCCAAAUCUUCAACAAACCUCUUCUUCUGUUGUUGAAGAACGAACAAAUAAGGCUGUGGAAGUUGUUUUUUUAUUUGAUGGAUCAGCAAGUUUGGAUGAAAUAGAAUUCAACAAAAAUAAAGACUUCAUUGUGGAGAUAAUGGGCAGCCUUAGGGACACGCCAGUAACGUUCGCAGCAGUUCAGUUCUCUUCAACAGUCCACAAAGUGUUUGACUUCAACGACUAUGCAGCUGGACGUGCUCUCGAUAAACUUAUGAAAGAAAAACAUUUAAAAAGUCUCACCAACACACACAGAGGCCUCGAAUUUGUGCUAAAUGAAAUCUUUGACAACAAUGCUACAGGCGCCUCUCCUGAUGUUACCAAAGUUCUGAUUCUAAUCACAGACGGAGAUCCCUCUGAUACAGACAGAAGAGGGAUCAUUAAAAGAUACGACGAUAAAAAUAUAACUCGUCUUGUCGUCGGGAUCAAAGAUGCUAAGCUGGAUAAAUUCAGGGCCAUUGCUUCAGAGCCAAAACAUAGAAAUGCCUUCAAAAUUGAGGACUAUGAUGGACUCACAGGAGUGCUGGAGAAUUUACAGGAAAAGAUAUUUACUGUGGAAGGUUGCACAGCUCCUCUGGCAGAAUUCAGUGGAUUCAGUGCUGUUUUCAGAAAGGAUAGCCUGAUCGUGGGUUCUGUGGGAUCGAACAGCUGGCGUAGUUUUCUGCAUAGACCUCAAGAACGAAUGCAGGGUUACCUGGGAAAUUCCAUUUCCAUUGGAAAGAAAAACGGUGUUCCUUUGUAUUUCGUGGGUUUACCAGAGUUUGAGCAAACAGGACAGGUCGUUUUCAGACACCGCUGUGAACAAUGGACAGAACUUCAAAGAAUUCGUGGAGAACAGAUUGGUUCCUACUUCGGUGCUGAGCUGUGCUCAUUAGAUGUUGAUUCAGAUGGGAGCACUGACUUCCUGCUGGUAGGAGCUCCACAGUUUCAUCUGCCUCAGGUGAAGAAAGAAGGCCGGGUCUACAUCUACUCUGUGAGCGAUGAGACUGUACUGGAAAGUAACCAGGAUGUGACGGGACCAUCCAUGGGUAGAUUUGGCACCACCAUAUCCAGUCUUCCAGACCUGAAUGGAGAUGGACUCCGAGACGUAGCUGUCGGAGCUCCGCUUGAGGAUGAUAAGAGCGGGGCUGUGUAUAUCUACCAUGGCAACAGGCAGAGAGGGAUAGUCAGCACUUUCAGCCAGAGAAUCAUGGGAAAAAAUAUAGACCACGGGCUGAAAUUCUUUGGAAGGGCCAUCUUCAGGGACCUCGGGGAGGAUGGGCUCCCGGGUGUUGUGGUUGAAUCACAUGGUGCAGCUGUUGUAUUCAGAUCCAAGCCGGUCUUCAACGUCUUGGCUCGUCUGUCUUUUCACCCUGAGAACUUCGACACCCUGAGUCCAGAUACAAAUGUAGCUUUGGUUAAAAUAACGGCAUGCUUUGAAAAGGUCGAAGCAACAAAGAGCAAAGUAGGGCCAGUGAGCUCAGCAUUGAACAUCACAUAUAUACUUAAUGUGAUGGGACAAGCAAGUCAAAGUAUGUUCAGUCAGACCCUGGAGCUGAGAGAUGAAAACACCUGUGUCAGCUACUCCAUCAACAGAGCAAACUAUGUGGCAGACACAUCAACACCUCUCAGGAUCAGACUCAACUUCCUUCAACCUGACAGCGAGAGCGAGAGCGCCGUCCUGAGCGUGGACUCUGAAAGAGAGGCUGUCCUUGAGAUUCCCAUUUAAAAAUAAUGCAGAAGAAGUGAGAGCUGAACUGUUCAAGAACAUAUUUCUGAUUUUUAGCAAGUAAAAAACAUGCUCAGAAGAGUUAUUAUCAUGGAGUCAUUAUUAUCAUUAAUAAAAGACUUAUUAAUGAAAACAAUGAGAAAUUACUUUGUCUUUAAAUGUAAAACUUAUCAAUUCAUUCUUUCCUAAUUUUCAGUUCUUUAAUUUAGAUUCAGUUUUGUUUUAUUUACACCCCACAUAAUCACAACAACAGUCACCUAAAGCCCAUAAAGACUCUGCACAAAAUAGAGAUAAAUGCAGAGAACACCCCAACAAUAAAAACUACCCCUCAUGAACAAGCACAUGGCAACAGCUGGAAGGAAAAACUCUCUUUCAGCAGGAAGAAACCUCCAGCACAACCAGGCUCAGGGAGGGGCAGCCAGCUGCUGUGACCAGCUGUGGGUGAGGAGAGGAGGAAAGGACAAAGGACGUGCUGUGGAAGAGAGCCAGAGAUUAAUAAUGACUCACAAUUAAAAGCUGAGAGGUGUGUAAACACACCGAGAGUGAGGAAGAAACAUCAUGAGAAGCCGUCAGCAGCCUGGGCCUUCGGUUAGCUAGAAUCUAAAGUUGUUUCACAGAGACACUCUGCUGAUGUGUUUAAACUUUUGUCUCGUCAAAUCCGAAAACAACAAAAUAAAACAUAUCAAAGCCUUUCACAUCACACAGCGCUGUCAUUAAGCUCCUGGCCUGUUUCUAUGCAUCCUUAACAUUACUGUCAUCUUGUGGCCACAGUCAGCUACUGUGGCUGAAAAUCUGAACUCUAAAGCAUAAACAUGUCAGUUCCUGCCUCUCAAUAUAAAAAAAGGAAAAACUGUUUGUGCACGAAAU